AUGGUUUCUGAAAGUUCGAUGAACAACUACUACUGCAGUGCAAAACGGGACAGCUGCGGUGAAGGCAGCGGCGGCAGAGUGGUGGUGGUGGCGAUACUGCCGGUGCCACCGCCGGCGAGUUGGUUUGUGGUGACGUCGAAAGGGAGUGCGUUGGAGAAGGUGAAGCCUUAUUUGGAGAGUGGGGAAGUGAAGCCAUUGAUUGAUCCAAAGGGUCCUUUCCCAUUUUCUCGGACUGUGGAGGCAUUUUCCCAUCUCAUGACUGGGAGAGCUACUGGGAAAGUCGUCGUUCACCCUCUACCUUGA